AUGCCACCACCGCCACCACCACCGCAGUCCAAAGGCCACAUCAAGGAAAUGGGGAGGUUGAAAGAGUACGAAGUGAUAAGAAAGUUAGGUCAGGGGACGUUUGGAGUGGUGCAAAAGGCCAAGAGCAAGAAGACUGGCGAUUUAGUUGCGUUGAAACAACUCAUUAACCAUUCGGCUAAGGAAGGCUUCCCCGUUACUGCCAUGCGAGAAAUCACGAUUUUGAAACGGUUGGACCAUAAGAAUGUAGUAAAAAUUGUUGAAAUGAUUUAUGAAGAGCCCAAAGUGAAUAACCCCGCCGAUUUGAUCACGCAGCGAGGGGCAUUCUAUACCGUGUCGCCAUACAUGUCAAGUGACUUGGUGGGGCUUUUAGAAAACCCCAACGUGGAGUUAGAACUCAACCAGAUAAAGUGCUUUAUGAAGCAACUCCUUGAGGGAAUACAGUAUAUUCACGAACAAGGGUUCUUGCAUCGAGACAUAAAAGCAGCUAACAUCUUGAUUGAUUUCAAUGGGGUGUUGAAAAUUGCCGAUUUCGGGUUGGCGAGAACGUACCAUGGGAAAAUCCCCAAGCUUGGACAGGGACCAGGUGGUGGAGAGAGGGCAUAUACUGGAUUGGUUGUCACUCGAUGGUAUCGACCUCCUGAACUUUUACUAGGUGAACGGAAAUACACUACUGCUGUAGAUCUUUGGGGGAUCGGAUGCGUGUUUGCAGAGUUGUUCACCCAUAAGCCGAUCUUGGUGGGGAAAUCAGACGCACACCAGGCACAAUUGGUGUUUGAUUUGGUGGGACCACCAUUGAACUGGCCCGAAGCGGCCAAGUUACCAAACAAAACAGAUUUCAAUAUUGGACUCACAUGCAAGCGAAGUCUAGAAUCUCGAUUCGAGAAGAUCUUGCCUCCUACUGGGGUAGAACUCUUGAGUGGGUUACUAACUCUCGACCCUUACAAACGAUUUAAUGCGUUAGAUGCAUUAGAGCAUGAUUUCUUCAAGACAGAUCCAUUGCCAGCCAAGCCUGAAGAUUUGCCCAAAUUC